AUGAUGAGUGUUCCUCAGCCUGACCCGGAUGAGAUUCCCCCCUCCACCAUCACCCCUGUCACCACCCCCACCCUGAGCCUGACCCCCAUCGCAGACGAGCUGGAGUGUAAGAUCUGUUACCAGCGAUACAAUGUCCACAACCGCAGGCCCAAGAUCCUGGACUGCCUCCACCGGGUGUGUGCCCGCUGCCUCAACAAGAUCCUGGACGUGGGGGACGUCRUGGGCUGCAUUUCCUGCCCCUUCUGCCGACACGAAACAGAGAUCAGCGAAUACGAGGUGUCGGGCCUCCCCGACGACUCCAACGUCAUAUCCUGCCUGGCCGUCAGGGAUAAGUCCUGGAGCUCCGACCACAGCAAAGAGGUGACCCUCACCCCCACGAGCCUGUCCUCCACCUCCCCCUCGCACCACUCCUCCAACUGCCUGGUGAUCACUAUCAUGGAGGUCCAGAGGGACACGGGGUCCGGGGACCYUGGCCRGGGCAGCUCYGACCACUACACAGAGCACAGCCUGGACUCCAUCUCUGUGGGCUCCAACGGGCCGGAYGUUCAGGAAGCCCUGUCCAAGUUGUGUUCCCACGUCCCCCGGAUCCUGGUGUGGCUCCUGGGGCUGUUCUACUUCGGGUCCCUGCCCCUGGGCAUCUACCUGCUGGUGAUCCAGAGGGUGACGCUGGGCAUAGUCUGUGUGAGCCUGGUACCGUCCAGUCUGACUGUGUGUCUGGUCUAUGGCUUCUGCCAGUGUCUCUGCCAGGGCAUGUGUGACUGCUCGUCUAGGGGCUGACUGACUGACUCAA